AUGCAUAUCCACAAGCUGCGCAAAAAGGCAAAGAAGAAGAAGGAGGGCAAGUACCUCACCAAGAGAAGCAUAUUGAAGAAGCUCUAUCUGAAGGAAAGGGAAUUCAGAAAGUUAUGCAUUUUCAAGGGAAUCUACCCAAAAGAUUUUAAAGAAAUCCCAUUAAAAUUACGAAGCAAGUUCUACAAGCAAAAGGUAUACUACUCCAAAAAUGAUUUCCAAAAGUUGGCCCAUGAAAAAAUUAUUCAAGAUUUUCGAAAAAUCACAAUAUGUUUGAAAAAGUAUAAAAAAUACAAAGUGGCAUUGGAAGAUGAAGAAAAAUGUAAAAACUUGAUAAAAAAUUUUCCCAAGUAUACAUUAGACCAUAUAAUUAAGGAAAGGUUCCCAAUAUUUUCGUAUGCAAUAGAACAACUAGAUGAUGCUCUAAGUGCAGUGGUUGCUUAUUCGUUACUCCCUUCCAACGAGAAAAUCGGAAUUUCGAACCGCUUCGUCACCAACUGUGAAGUGAUAAAGAAUCAUUUCCAUUACUACAUUUACAAAACCAACAGAAUCAAAAAGGGAUUCAUAAGUGUAAAGGGAUAUUACCUACAAGCAGAAAUUUUACAAAAAAAAGUUACGUGGCUUAUCCCACAUACAUUUACUCCCUACUUAGACAAGACCAUAGAUUUCACCAUUAUCUCCACUUUUAUCGAGUACUACAUCUGUCUCCUAAAAUUUGUCCUCUUCAAACUUUACAAGAUGCACAAUAUGGUGUAUCCUCCAGAACAGAGCGAAUUGCUGAAAAAUGAAAAACUCAGACACCUUUCAUACGACAGGUGUUUGAUUUCGCUCUGCAGGGAGAAGUUCGAGAGUCCGCAUACCCAGGUAGGGGAAUCCAACGAGGGGAAGAAAAACGCGCACACAUUGGAUAGCGGCAAUGCCGCAGAUGGCCACGCUGUGGUGCAGAAUCCACAGGAGGGUGCAUCCCAAGUAGGGGAACAAAGCCAUAGUGAGAACCACCACGAGGAAGGGAAAACCUGCAGUCUACCCCAAAAAGAGCACGAAGCAGAAGAAAUAAAACACAACAUAGACGAACAAAAUGACACCCUAAAGGAUCUGUUCAAAAAUCAAGUAUAUUAUAUCCACACAGACAUGCCCCUCGACAUACUCUCUCUCAUUAUCCUUUCUUGUGGAGGUUCCAUAGGAUGGAAUUCCCCAUACUCUCCAUAUCAACUGGGCGAUCAGAAAAUCACACACGAAAUUUUAGAA